CUGCGCUCGUCCUUGUCAAACGCUCGCUGUGGUCAUGCUAACCGCCUCGGAGCGUUGACAGGAGUAGUGACAGCAGAAACACAACAGCAUGGACGGCGCCAGUCACUUAAAGUCACUGCAGAGCUCAUGAAUUAAGACAAACGCGUGGAAGGCAGCGUCUUCAACACAAGAAACCUCUUUAUUAAGCCUGAAGACUGACGUUACUGUUAUUACUUCCACAACGCUGUCGACGAGAGUAACAUUAAUGUAGCGGCGAGCUAACGGCCAGCUAACGUCACCUGCUAGUUGGCUAACUUUCCAACAACCUGCUGGCGACUUGAAGCAGCCCACCGAGUGAGAGGUAUAAAAGCAUCGCAAGUCUGCAGGCUGGUGUCAUAAUCUAAAGCUCUCAGCGCCUGGUGUUGCUGCCUCCCACUGUGGUUGAAUUCAUGAGCACGCUCAGUGACAGCCGUGUGUAGUCCUCGGGAAUGGGGAGUGGAGUCCAGGAACAGCGGGCAUCACUCACACAGGGAGAAGUGCUGCCGCGGGCUUCCUCCAGUCAGUCAGAGGGCCUGAAGCACACUCGGUCUGUCAUCAACUCGCUCUUCUCCGGGGCUUUAGCAGGAGCUGUGGCCAAGACAGCUGUCGCCCCAUUGGACAGGACUAAAAUCAUCUUCCAAGUGUCUUCAGCAAGAUUCUCUGCCAAGGAGGCCUACAGGUUGAUAUACCGCACCUACCUGAAGGAUGGCUUCUUUAGUUUGUGGAGGGGGAACUCUGCCACCAUGGUGCGAGUCAUCCCAUACGCUGCCAUCCAGUUCUGUGCACACGAGCAGUACAAGGGGCUGCUGGGUGGCUACUAUGGCUUUCAGGGGAAAGUCUUACCUCCAUUUCAAAGGUUACUGGCGGGAUCUAUGGCCGGUACCACGGCAGCCAUGCUGACCUAUCCUCUGGAUAUGGUGCGAGCUAGGAUGGCUGUAACACCAAAGGAAAUGUACAGUAACAUUCUGCACGUGUUUGUGCGGAUAUCCCGAGAAGAGGGCCUGAAGACGCUGUAUCGUGGCUUUACUCCCACCAUUCUGGGUGUUGUGCCCUACGCAGGUCUCAGCUUCUUUACCUAUGAGACACUGAAGAAAAUGCAUGCAGAGCGCAGUGGGCGCUCACAGCCCUACUCAUAUGAACGAUUGGCGUUCGGAGCCUGUGCAGGUCUUAUCGGCCAGUCAGCGUCCUACCCUCUGGACGUGGUACGACGCCGCAUGCAGACUGCAGGAGUCACGGGUCACACGUACGGCACCAUCCUAGGCACCAUGAGGGAAAUUGUUUCUGAAGAAGGGGUUAUCCGUGGACUCUAUAAAGGUCUCAGUAUGAACUGGGUCAAAGGACCCAUUGCGGUAGGAAUAAGCUUCACCACCUUUGACCUCACGCAUAUUCUCCUGAGGAAGCUGCAUCAGAUGGGUUAUACGACUCGAUAAUGACUGCACACAGAGAAGGAAAACAUGAUGGGAUGAUGAGAUCCCCUUGUACACCCUCUGAAGAGAAACAAAGAAAGUUAGAAAGUGAAAAGAGUGAGUUGCUGGAUAGAAGCAAACACACACUGGCUCAGGACUGGUGGGUAAUAUUAAUGCAUUCUCUCGCUUUAUCUGUGUGCAGCGGGGACGUGCAGUCCCUGCAAGCGUGAGGUAUGUUGGAUGGUACCGAGUACCUGUACACACUGUUGUCUUGUACAUCUAAGUGCAAUAUCCUCAGUUAUUUUUAUGUGUGUAUGUGUGUACACAUAAGUUCUGCCUGCUCUCUCUCCUGCCCGUGUGGACCAGGCCUGUGAGCGUAUUUGUAAAUCAGAGAAUUAAGCCUUGCGUGUCCACUAAAACUGACACCUUCCAAUGCAAUGCGGGAUGCCAGUCAUUGACUUUUAAUAUGGAUUUGAUUUCAUAAGAGAAAUAUUCGCCCCCUUGAGAUUUGUUAAGUUGUGAGUGAGUUUGUUUUAAGGAAUUAUACCAAAGGUUGGGGUAUGAGCUAGUUGCAGAAUAUAUAAUAUUAGAGGUGUUAAGUAUAUUAAAGCACAGACGUUCUGUGUAGAGCAAAAAUCUUGCACAGCACAAAGGUAACAGCAUUGUCGCUGCCGUCAAAUGGCCAGUUUUUGUUUUGAGUUGAAUAUAUCCUGAAGGUUGAAUUCACAGAUUUUUAUUUGUAGUUUAGCUACUGUGCUGACAGAUGAACUAUAUUUUAUGCCAGUGCCAACAGCUAUGAAGUGUAAAGAGUGCCCAUAUUAUUUUGUUUGUCGCUGUAAUCAUAAUGGGCAUUUUAAGGUAUUGUCAAUUGUGAUAAAUAGUUUUGUUGUCUCAAGUAUUACUUCAGGUGAUUAGACAGAUUUUUACUCAGAAAGACUUCAGUGUGACAGUUCCAGUUUCACCUUCUACUGACAUACAACAGUGUGACACACAUGCAGAUAUCUCAUGGGUCAUUUUCCAAAUGUGAGAAAAUAUACACUAAUUUAGCAGUUAAGUAGGAACACCUGUACAGUGUAACAUAAUCCAAUACAACAGCCCUGCAAUGAAUACUACCUUAAGAAGUUUACAAUGUUCCAUUGUUGUUGACACUGCGUGAAAGGCGUUGCUUUACCUCCUUUAUUCUUUCCGUGGGAUUGUUUUAGAUUACAGUAUAUUAAGAGGUGUUUCUAUUAUUCUGUGCACCUCUGGUAUGUAACUGGUGAAGGACACACACACACAGUCUCAUAUACAGUAUACAAAUGUUGUCUUCCAUUUGCUGUGUGUUAGCUGCAUCGUGUUUUGUUUAAAACUUUAAAGACAAGAGUUGAGAGUUCGACUUGUCACAGAAAUAACUUUUUCGUUGCAACAUCCACAUCUUAGAGCGGCAGCAGCGUUUGCUUUCGUUAGCUUGACUGGAAAUCUGUCCACAACUAGUGAAGAAAUUAUUUGUUCUCCGUUACAAGCAUAAUUUAGUACAUUUAAGUGCUUUCUCAGUAUUGAACUUUACCUCAGCACAUAAUCAAAUGAAUUUCCUACAUAUCAGUGUUUUAUGUGCCCUCGUGUCAAAAAUGUGACUAGGUGAUCCAUUUUCAUUUGAAAAUAUGUGGAACAGUGUUAACAGUAUUGAUACAGGCUCACUGUCUUUGCAGAGUGUCAAUAGUUUCUAUACUUAGACCACACAUACCAAGGCAGAAUGGCCGAGCAGCUGGCUUCAGAGCCAAGUGGAGCAGAGGGCAUGAAGGUGGCACCUUUACCAGAAUAAAGCAGGAGGGUUUGUCUGUGGGGGUGAGGUAAAAUAAGUUAGUCAAAAAAAAACAAACAAAAAAAAAACACAAACCUGUGUAGUUUUUUGUUUAAAAAAACAAACUCUAAAGUAAUAUUUUAAUUGCUUACAUGUUCUGACAAGAAACAAAUAUUGAUUGUAUAAAGUUCUGUAGAGAAGCUACUGUUUGCAUUUGCGAAAGUCAGUUUGUUUUCACCGUUAACUGAUACAUUUGUUUGUUCAUUAACUAAUCAGUUUAUAGAUUUUUUUUCUGGGAUUAUUCCUGUUGUGGGAUCAUUUUAAAUUGCUAAUGCUGAUACAAUACUACAGUACUGUUCUGAUCAUUUACUUUAGAGCAACAUUACAUAGAAAUUGAUACUUUUGCAAUUUAGCAUUCUCAUUUCCAGUGUGCAGUGCCACUGUCAUAAAUUUGGACAGAUGUACACAAUGUAUUGUCAUGAUUAUAUUGUAAUAAAAAACUAGGAGACAAUUUUGCCAAAUUGUGGCAAAACAUAGCAGCCAGCUAAAUUUCCUGCUUGCUCAGCUCUGGUUCUGGCAUGACGCUGGCUCGCCCCCCAUCUGCAUUCCCUUGCGCCUGGGCCUGAAAACCUCCCCUUCCUGGUAUAUUUAACAUUGAGAGUCACAGAUGUAUUUAACAAUGAGAGUCACAGAUAACUUCACAUUAAAUAACAUUGUUAAUAUAUUUAUAAAAAAUAAAAUACUACAAUACUAAAACUUUAAUUAUACACCAAAACCAGAAAAUAUUUUCUCCAUCAAAUAUGAUCCAGUUUUACUAAAACUACAUAAUUACAUACUUGUCGUGGGACGUCUUGACCGGAGCACAAGUUAAAGUUAAAUAAUGCAGGAACAGCACAAGCUUUAUAUACAAUCAGUGUUCUAAAACACAAGGAGAACCUUUUGCCUGAAUAAAAUUGGUAAAAUUAGGAUUUACAUCACAAAAAACGAUGAGAUAAUUGAUGAAGCAAGACUUUGUUGUCUGCUUUAAUACUCACUGCUCAGGACACAUUUCGUUAGUACCAAAAAAAGUGUUGAGACUUGAUGCACAGCCCUGUCCAGUAGGCGACUGAACUUUACCCCCUGACCUGCUUUUAUGUCACAAACUUUAUCAUUUUAUCACCUCUUGGUGUUGUGAUCGUUUUCCUCAUUGUGCAGAGAAUCGGGAGAAUGGUAGCAGUGCUCUGGGGACAGACACAUAAACAUAGGUAGAUAUAUCCUCAUCAGUCAGCCGCAGGAAACAACUACUCACUCGGGUUAACAGCAGAACAGUAGAUGCAAGUUUUGUCUUUUUAAUAUCAGUGUGUUAUCUUUACACCUUGCCUUAGGUAGCAGGAGGGAGAGUGUGUAGCUGAGUUUAGGAAACCUGCAGAUGCUCUGAGCUGAAGCAUGCAAAGUAGUACAAAGUAUAUAGUAACUGAAAGCCUAGUAAAGGGUAGUUACUGACUAAGUGCCUAACAAGGAAUAGUAACAUUUUACUAUGUCUGAGCUACUUCUACUAACCUUUUUAAAGGUUGCUUCCAUUUUCUAGCCUUGCUUUGGUCUUGAAGUUUCGAGUAUUUAUUGGGGCAGCAGAUGAUUUAAAGGUGGUUUGAAGUUUGGGGAUUGUCGGACCUCAGUGACUGAAUGUAUUACUUCAGGUCCAGUUUUUGUAUGUGAAUUUUUGUAAAACUUAAAUUGCCUUGUAGGGUAUUUGCUCUGUUGACAUAGAUGAUCCUUGGCUCCCUAACAGGCUCGACCAAUCCAUUCCAACUAGCACAGGACUAAUAUGAGGAAUUCAUGAAGACUUAACCCCCGCCCCCCAAACAUUUUAUGGUUAUUUGUACCCUGAUUGGAGAAGAGUUAAGUUUAUUGUCGUGUUAUCACCUCUCCAUUGAUCGAUCAUAGAUCAAAUGAGAUGUGUAAAUGCGUGAUUAAAUACACUACGUUAUGGAGAACUGACAGUAAGCUUGAAAAAACCCCAGACAAUCAUGAAAUGCCAAACAAUUAUAUGUUUUUGUUUUAAAAGAAAAGUUUUGUUGAGAACCCGACAGUGGCUUAAUAAGGAGGAAUACUGGAACUCUGGUUAAAGAUGUGAUUUUAUUUGCCCUCGUGAAAGCAGAUUUAAUUGUUUUAACCCGAUUUGUGGGUAAUCCUACAUAGACGUGCAGACAGACAAUACUACCGUGUUUGCAUGUUUACAACAGAUCGUCUUGUAUUAUUUGUGUUUUCAGCGCCGCAGUGAUACGUCGGCUGUUUUGUAAAUCCUAGUGAUUUGUGCCAACUGAAUGUAAACCUACUAAUACCGCACCCUGUGUCCAGUCUCUAGUGAUGAUGGUGUAUCUGUAGGAAAGUUUUGAAAUAUCAAAUUCUCAAAUAAAACUGGAUGUUGACAACA